AUGAGUACCUCAAGAGCCUUGUCAUCUGACGCGCCCAAAGCCGCGGAAACAGAUGCCCAAGCCGAAGCCGUUGCGAACACCAGUGGUGUGACUGCAGAGUCUCUGCAAAAGUCACUAGAAGAAAGGCUUCAGGCGCAACAUGUGCAGAUAGAAGACAUGUCUGUUCGAGAAGAAAACGACAAUUGCAAGGCACCGGCUGGUGAAUUCAACACUGAAAACGGAGAUAGCGGCAAUCCAUGCGUGGACUCCGAAACGCUGCUCGACCCUAAACGUACAUGGUGCUUUAUCUCCAAUGACCCGAAGCUCGUUGGCAUUGGAAACCCUACCAAAGCCUUGAUCUACGGCCCACUUCACAACGGCACGAAUCACAAAAGUAAAGUUGCGGAGCUCACCAUCUGGGCAGACAUGUAG